UGGUAACUACGGAAGAAGAAGUCACGUGCCAGUUUUAGCAGGUUAAACUUCCUGUAGUCAAUACAGUUCAAAAUUAUCUCUUUUUACUCUAACUUAUCAUUUCACUGUUUUUUCAACAAGUCGGUUGUGUAUUUUCAUAAGCGAGGCACAUAUUUCCGUCGGCUAAACGCAGCUUAAGUGCCAAACUGAUUCAGAAACAAACAGGUCGUCUAAGGCAAUUUGUCAGCUAAUGCUAGAUGCUAAUGUCGGCUAGCUGUCGUACCUAGAGUGACAGCUGUGACAAGGGUGUCUCUUUAGUUCUUGCUUUGUCCAUUAGCUUUGACCGGUGUGAUUUACGUCGCUAAACUCCAAGUAGGUAUUCAGUUUGCUGGUUAGCACCAUGGCCAGUCUGCUACCGAUGCAGUGCGUAGCCUCUCUGAGGAAAUCCGGAAGCCUAAUUAAUUUAAGAAGUGCUGCUCUGGGCAUCGACAAGCGACACUACAGCAGCAAAAAGGCGUCUUCAGCCGAGUAUCUGCACCAAAGUGUUGUACCAUCGAUGCAUUACCAGAAGAGUUUACCUAGGCUACCUAUACCGAAGUUGGAGGAUACUCUCAGGAGGUAUUUAGCUGCCCAGAGGCCUCUGUUGGAUGAUGACCAGUUCAGAACGACGGAGAAACUUGCACAAGAUUUCCAGAACGGUGUGGGGAAGCAGCUGCACGAGGAGCUGGUAGCUCAGGACAAAAACAAUAAGCACACAAGCUACAUCUCAGGACCGUGGUUUGACAUGUAUCUCUCAGCUCGCGACUCUGUGGUGCUCAACUCCAACCCCUUCAUGUCCUUCAAUCCUGACCUGAAGACGGAGUACAAUGAGCAGCUUGUGCGGGCGACCAAUGUGGUGUGUUCAGCGGUGCGCUUCAUGAAGACACUGCGGGCUGGAUUACUGGAGCCAGAGGUUUUCCACCUCAACCCGGCAAAGAGCGACACGGACGGCUUCAAAAGGUUCAUCCGCUGGGUGCCAUCUUCACUGUCGUGGUAUGGAGCUUACAUGGUGAAUGCUUACCCCCUGGACAUGUCUCAGUACUUUCGCCUCUUCAACUCAACUCGGAUCCCCAAGAGUGGCAGAGAUGAGCUCUUCACCGAUGAGAAAGCGCGACAUCUCUUGGUUAUGAGGAAUGGCAACAUGUAUGUGUUUGAUGUCGUGGACAGGGAUGGGAACUUGGUGGAGCCCGCAGAGAUCCAGUCACACUUGAAGUACAUUUUGUCUGACCCGACACCAGCGCCCACCUUUCCUCUCGGGGUCCUGACUAGUGAGAACAGGGAUGUGUGGGCCGGGCUGAGGGACAAGCUGGUAGCUUCUGGAAACGCGGAGGAUUUACGGGUAGUCGACAGCGCGCUGUUCUGCCUCAGCCUGGACGAAGAAAGCAUGAGGGACCAUAUUCACAUCUCCCACAACAUGCUGCACGGUGACGGCUGCAACCGCUGGUACGAUAAGUCCUUCAGCGUCAUUCUGACCAAAGAUGGACAGGCAGCAAUCAAUUUUGAGCACUCCUGGGGCGACGGAGUAGCUGUGCUCCGCUUUCAGAAUGAGAUCUUCAAAGACACAACAGAGCAGCCGCUGGUCCACCCGGGCUCCGCUGCUGCUGCUGUGGAUUCAUCCUCUGCUGUGCGCAGACUGCAGUUCAACCUGGACAGCGAGCUGGAGCAUGGCAUUCAAAAAGCCAAGGAGAACUUUGACUCCGCUGUAUCGAAACUCACCAUCGAUGCCAUGGAGUUCAAAAAAGGUGGCAAGGAAGAGUUAAAGAAGAGCAAGUUGAGUCCAGAUGCUGUAGCCCAGCUGGCUUUUCAAAUGGGUUUCCUGAGGCAGUAUGGACAGACAGUCGCCACAUAUGAGUCCUGCAGCACUGCAGCGUUCAGGCAUGGACGCACAGAGACCAUCCGACCAGCCACCAUACACACUGAGCGAUGUGCACGAGCCUUCGUUUGCCAGCCAGGCCAACACAGUGUGGAGCAGCUACAAGCCAUGCUGAGGGAAUGCUCUAAAUAUCACGGGCAGCUCACCAGAGAAGCUGCUAUGGGCCAAGGGUUUGACCGUCACCUGUUUGCUCUGAGAUUUCUGGCCAAUUCCCAGAGCCAGGCUCUGCACAGCCUGUAUACAGACCCGGCUUACGCCACUAUCAACCACAACAUCCUCUCCACCAGCACCCUCACCAGUCCAGCUGUGAACCUCGGGGGCUUUGCCCCGGUGGUGCCCGAUGGGUUCGGUGUCGGCUACGGUGUCCAUGACGACUGGAUUGGCUGCAAUGUGUCCAGCUAUCCCUCUCGCAAUGUCCACGAUUUCCUGCAGUGUGUCCACAAGUCCUUAGAGGACAUUUUCUCUGUCCUGGAAGGAAAGGCACUCGGCUAAGAAACAAGUGUUUGUCAUCAAAAAUAAUUAAUUUUAAGGAACCGUGAAGGUGAGGGCGGCCAUCAUUCUCAGCUCGCAAAAAGUGAGUGUGAAUGAAAGUGAUGAAUAUUAUAUUUUGUUCACCACAAAGGAAUACAAAGCAAAUCAUUGUGCUUAAAUAUACCUUCUUUUUUUUAAAGGAAUUAAAUGGUUGGGAAUAUGAAUUUGAUCUUUGGGUUUGGAUAUUAUUGUUGGUAUAAAACAAGUGAUCUUGACAGUUAUCAAAAUGUGAUAUAUGGAAAACAAAGUUUCCAGUGUCAUGACAAUUAUUGUAUAGUGAAAACAUUGACCAUAAAAUACUGGGAAAAUGUGCUAGCUUUCAGCUUUAAAUGAUUCAAACUACUGGCUUUACAAGACCUCAGUCUCUUAAAUGUAUAGCAGUCCAGUCUGACAGUUGUGUACUGUAAACUCGUGUUGUGUGUUUUUAGGGACUGGUAACAAGUUAGUGCUGGUCAUAUUAUUUAUGCAGCAGGGCUUUUCAGAUGUAGAAUUUCUCUGCAUGGAUUCAGAUUCUGUGCCUUAACUAAAUGUGAAUUUAAAACUGUAAUUUCAGAUUGUUACUGUAAUAAAUAAUAUUUAAAUGUUCCAUCACCAUUUGUCAUUUACAGCCUUAGAGGUUUGAAUGCAUUUUGAAAUAAAACUUAAUUUGCUUUUGUUAAA